UUGGAACCGCGGAAAUAUUGCAACGAUUGCAACCAUUGCAACGUUGGUGUCAGUUUAAUUUCGGCGUUUUAUAAGGAAGUGGUGUUGUGAUCGUUGUGAUGCAGUGGUUCAUUCGUGGCGUUUCAACUAAAUGAUCCAAACAACGGUUCCAUGAUGUUACGUUUCUUGGCUAUGUUAGAUUGUGAGAUCGUUUUUGUGUUUGUUUAAGCUUUUAACUGUAUAGUGAAGUCCUGAAUGUAUUUGUCUUUUGUGUUUGCGUUGAUGGGAUAAAUGCAGUACUGUUUUCUGUUACUGUAAUCCUUAAUGAGAAUCGAAGAUUGAGGACUAGUGUCGAGUAGUAAAGAUUAGAAAAUUAAAAAUGCAGGGAGCGAUAAAAAAUAUUUUUAGGAAAAUGACCAAUUUUGGAGGUGUUAAGACAGAUGAAACCCAGCCCAUCGAUUCAGGUUUUAACGAACAGAAAAUGAAUGAUAAUAGAAGUUCUGUGAUGAAAGAAACAUCUGGUGCCGAAUUUAACAGACUGAAUGUACAUUACUCUUCAACAACGAAACUCACUCCUGAUGACUCAAAAUGUCCGCGCCAAAAUGUAUCAACAUUUCUAAUAUUGUUACUUGUAAUCAUACUGUUUAUGGUUAUCCCUAUUGUAAAUCUGUUACAUUUCUUUCACCGUCUUAAUUCUCAGUGGCCAUCCAACGAAUUUAAUCGUGUUAUGACAGAUCAUAGCCAUUCUAACCCAAGGAAAGAAAUCAUGCAAGAAAGGGAAAAUACAGUGGUUUUCCACAACAUAAUGAGACAAGUUGUUGAAAAAGUGGCACAUAAUAACAGCGUUUCUUCCAGCCCUGUCAUUCGUCCACCAAAAAGUGCUUCUUUCAAACAGUGUGCAAAAGUUUCAGAUGAACUCAAAUUUGAUUGCUAUCCAGAAGAUGGGACAAAUGAAUCACGUUGCAAGGCAAGAGGAUGUUGUUGGGUUCCAAAAAAGAAGAAACUAUUGAAUAAAGAGCGCAAUCAAAACAACAGGACACAAAAUACUGCAUUUAAUGUCCCAUACUGCUUUUAUCCUCUGUCUUAUGGUGGUUAUAGAUUCAUCAACAUAACUGAAACACCUUCUGGUUCAGUUUCAUUUCUUCAAAGAACAUUCAAAUCGCCAUAUCCUGAUGAUGUAGAAGUGAUUAGGAUGGAUAUCAGAUAUGAAGCAGAACAGCGACUUCGUAUAAAGAUUGUGGAUCCACUCCACAGUCGGUUUGAGCCUCCAUAUCCGGAGGUUCCAGUAGUGGAACAUAAUUUACCCAACAUGGACUACAAGGUGCAGCUGGACAAGACCAAGACUGGAUUUAAAGUUACAAGAAGUAGUGACAACAUGGUUAUCUUUGAUGCUCAAGAUGUUGGAGCACUUAUUUUUGCUGACCAGUUCUUGCAAUUGUCAGCUCUUCUGCCCUCCAGCUAUGUAUAUGGCCUUGGGGAACACAGAUCUACACUGCUUCUCUCUGUCCAGUGGCAGAGAUUCACAAUGUUCAACCAUGAUCAUGGACCCGUAGAAAAUGCAAACCUUUAUGGCAGUCAUCCAUUUUAUCUGAUGAUGGAGAAAAGUGGGAAAAGCCAUGGUGUGUUUCUUCUCAAUAGCAAUGCUAUGGAGGUGAUCCUCCAGCCAGCACCAGCCAUAACGUUUCGAACACUGGGAGGGCUCCUAGACUUCUUCAUUUUCUUGGGUCCUAGUCCACAGAAUGUUAUCCAGCAAUACGAAGUAAUUGGAAGGCCAUAUAUGCCUCCUUACUGGGGCUUGGGAUUCCAUCUUUGCAGAUAUGGUUACAACAGUUUGAAUAACACAAAACAGGUUUGGAGCAGGACUCGAGAAGCAGGGAUUCCACUGGAUGUGCAAUGGAAUGACCUGGAUUACAUGAACGAAUCCAAUGACUUUACGUAUGACAAAGAGAAGUUCAAGAAUUUACCUGAAUUUGUGGAAGAAUUGCAUAAGUUAGGGAUGCAUUACAUUCCCCUGAUAGACCCAGGAGUUAGUGGAAGUGAAAAGCCAGGCACGUACCCACCAUAUGAUGAAGGGCUUCAAAUGGACAUAUUUGUAAAGAAUUCCACUGGACUGCCCUUUGUUGGAAAGGUAUGGAAUCGUGUCUCUACAGUGUGGCCAGACUUCACACAUCCUCACACUGUUGACUACUGGCUACGGCAGCUGAAGAGACUCCAUCAUGAAUUUCCAUUCGAUGGAGCAUGGAUUGAUAUGAAUGAACCAUCCAACUUUUGGUCAGGCAGUUCCACAGGCUGUCCAGAUAACAAUCUAGAGCAUCCGCCAUAUGUCCCAGCAGGAGUGGAUGGUGGUAAGCUGUUCUAUAGGACACUGUGCAUGUCAAGUACCCAGUAUGCGGGACACCAUUAUGAUGUGCAUAACCUCUACGGCUUCACUGAAGCAAUUGUUACAAGCUUUGCCUUGGCAGAAAUUAGAGAGAAACGCCCUUUUGUCAUCUCUCGUUCAACAUUUGCUGGUCAUGGUCAAUACGCUGGCCAUUGGAGUGGUGACAUAUCAUCAUCAUGGUACGACAUGAAGAAGACUAUUCCACAACUUCUGAACUUCAAUUUAUUUGGGAUCCCCCUAAUGGGUGCAGAUAUCUGUGGAUUCAAUGGGAACACAACACAAGCACUCUGUCAGUGUUGGAGUCAGCUGGGUGCCUUUUACCCAUUCUCCCGCAAUCAUAACACAGAUGAUGGCAUUCCACAAGAUCCAGUGGCGCUGGGGCCUGCAGUGGUACAGUCGGCCCGCAAAUCUUUGCUGGUACGGUAUUUGCUGCUACCAUACCUGUACACACUUUUCUGGAAAGCUCAUGCAGAUGGUGAUACUGUUGUGAGACCUUUGUUCUUUGAGUUCCCUUCAGAUGUUCACACUUACGACAUUGAUGAGCAAUUCCUUUGGGGUUCAGCCCUUAUGAUUGUUCCUGUUCUGGAAGAGGGUAAGACAGAUGUGUCAGCAUAUUUGCCCAAUGCCGUGUGGUAUGACUUCUACACCCUGGCUGUAGUACCGGCUAGUGGUGUACAGCACACUCUACCAGCGCCGCUAGAUACCAUUCCCAUACUGUUACGAGGUGGCAGUGUCAUUCCAACGCAGACCCCCAAUGUGACAACCACAGAAAGUCGAAAGAAUGACUUUGGGCUCCUGGUAACCCUGGAUGAGGACUGUCGUGCCACAGGCUCUUUGUACUGGGAUGAUGGUGAUUCACUCAAUACGUAUGCAGAUCGAGGGUACAACUUGCUGAACUUCACCUUGGCUGAGUCGCAGCUCACAGGAUCUGCUGUUUGGUGGGGAUAUAAUGAUAUGCCAGCUUUAGACAAGGUCACCAUUCUUGGAGUACAGAAGCCAGUGAAAUCUGUGUUUGUUAAUCAGGCUUCCAAACCCUUUUCAUACCACACCAUUAAUAAGUUCCUGAAGGUUGAAAACUUACAAAUUCAUCUCCACAGCACAUUCUCCAUCCACUGGAUAUGAAAACAAAUAGUUUAUUAAGCAGCAGUAUCAAAAUUACAGGCGUGGAUGACUAAGGUAGGACCACACACUAUAUGAGAUAAGUGAUGCUGUAAUGUUCAAUAUAUUCUGAAAUAUUUUGUAAAAUGACUAAGUGUGUAGAUACAUCUAACUCAUCGGUUGAUGAGGGAAAAGGUUCCUUUUAGUCUUUUAUCUGCCGCAUCAAUACAUUAUUCUCAGUGCUGUACGUACGUAAGUGCAGAUAUGUGUUGGUCCAACAUCCUUUUUUGUAUUCAGGUCUGUGAUUUUAAUUUGUUCAGAAUUGAUGUUUGUUACU